AAAAAAGUAUAUAUAAAUAAAUAUUGCCCACAUUUUUAUUCAGUAUGGUUUCUGUGCAAAUGAGUGUCGGUUCUUGGUUUCUCUGCCAAAACAGAAAAUCUUUGUACUCUUCUUCUCUCUCUCUCUCUUUCUCACACAUAAAUUGGAAUAUUAACAGCCACUUCUAAUUCCAUUCCACUCACUUUCUUCAACAUUUGCGUCACCACUCAUCAAUCAUUGUUUAUUUUCUGUUAGUUACAUUCUGUUUCUUACCGUUUCUUCAUUUUACAACUCAUCACCAAACUCACCUCAAAAAACAAACUUUCCGCUUCUUUCUUCAAUUCAGGUACCCUUUGGAUGAAGCAAUUCAUUGGUCCUAACUAAGAUCAUGAUAUAAUUCCAUAUUGUUUUCAUGAAAUAUGAAUGGAGAGCACAAGAUUAGGCCAAUGGUUAAAGUUAAAUCUUCUGGUGUUUGUACUGGUAUUGCUCAAGGCAGAAGCAGGUUAUGUACCAAUAACUUAUGUCAAGAGCGCGGUAACAAAAGGAGCCGUUUGUUUGGAUGGUAGUCCACCAGCUUACCAUUUAGAUAGAGGAUUUGGAAAAGGAAAUAACAGUUGGUUAGUUCAAUUUGAGGGAGGAGGAUGGUGCAACAAUAUCACUACUUGCCUUGGGCGUAAGAUGAAUCGCUUAGGUUCAUCUAAGCGAAUGGGUAAUCAAAUUGCCUUUUCAGGAAUUUUGAAUAACAAGAGAUUGUUCAAUCCAGAUUUCUACAAUUGGAACAGAAUCAAGGUUAGAUACUGUGAUGGUUCAUCUUUUACUGGUGACGUGGAAGCUGUAAAUCCGGUAACAAAGUUGCAUUUCAGAGGAGCAAGAGUUUUUAAUGCUGUCGUGGAGGAUUUGCUAGCAAAAGGAAUGAAAAAUGCUCAAAAUGCUAUUAUCUCAGGAUGUUCAGCUGGUGGUUUAACUUCAAUACUUCAUUGUGAUCGUUUUCGAGCUCUUUUACCGCUGGGAGCUAAAGUGAAAUGCCUCUCAGAUGCUGGUUAUUUUAUCAACGCAAGAGAUGUAUCUGGAACACAGCACAUUGAACAGUUCUUCGGUGAUGUUGUUACAACACAUGGAUCUGCGAGGAAUUUGCCUAGAUCGUGCACUUCAAGGCUCAUUCCAAGGCUGUGCUUUUUCCCUCAAUAUGUUGUAUCGCAAAUCACCACACCGAUUUUCUUUGUAAAUGCGGCAUACGACUCAUGGCAGAUUAAGAAUAUUUUGGCACCGGGUAAUGCUGAUCCUCACGGACACUGGCAUAGCUGCAAGCUAGAUAUAAACAACUGCUCUUCUAAUCAACUAGAUCUAAUGCAAGGCUUUAGAACACAAUUCCUAAGAGCAUUGACUGUUCUAGGAAACUCUCCAUCCAAAGGAAUGUUCAUAGACUCUUGCUACGCUCACUGCCAAACUGAAAUGCAAGAAACAUGGUUUAGAAGUGACUCUCCAUUGUUGGCCAAGACAACCAUUGCAAAAGCUGUAGCAGACUGGUUUUAUGAAAGAAGGCUUUUCCAUCAAAUAGACUGUCCUUACCCCUGCAAUCCGAGUUGUCACAACCGCGUUUUUCAACAAGACAUCCCAGGAAAAAAUGUCACCACCAAAGGAACUUCAUCAGAUGCAUCUGCUAUAAAGUCCAGUUUUCCAAAACUAUCAAAUAAGGCGCAAUGGAUUGAACUUUUGUGCAGUAGAAUCGGUUGGCUUCUAUUGACGACGGUUAUUCUGGUCAUCCUAUAAAAGCUGGUUUUUGCUGAUUAAAUUUGAUCCAAUUGGCCUAUUUCGCCUUACAAAAAUAAUGGAUGCUGAAAGUGCUGAGCAAGAAGGAAUAAAAGCCAAUCCCAUUGGAUUGAAUCACUUUUUACUUCAUUCAUAUAGACUUGCAUAUACUCCACCAGACAAAGAACUUCAAUGUUAAGUUCAAUCAGCGUAAACUUCUCGGCUACAAUUUCUCAAAUCAUAUGUCAAAAUCUUAAAUAAGUAACAGCACAAUAUACAUUAUGUUGCUAUGGAAGCACAUAAUUCAGAAUAUAAUUGAGCAUAUUGAAGCCUUGUUUUCCUUUUAAUAUCCAACUCUUAGUUCAACAGGCCGACAUCUCGUGCUCGCGUUAUUGAAGCUGAUGAUCAGUUUGUUUGACAAUUACCAAUAAAGGAAGAACAAUGUUUAGAAUGAAUGCUGCAUCUGAAGAUCUUUCCAUUUACUCUUUAUUUACUUUAUCUUUUAAGACACAAAUCAUUUUGAAAGUGUGACACUUACAGUUGUACCAAUGUAACUAUAGUUUUGACAGUUAGAUUCACUAAAUGGUAUUAAUAAAUUUUUAUCCAACUGUCAAA